AAUUGCGGGCUACAUUAGAUCUAAAACCAAAAAUUUGGCACAUAUUGAAUUUAGUUUAGUUAAAUGCAAGUUUUAUAAGCCGACUGGGUUUGGGUUCGGUUUAUAGUAAAAAGUAAACUAAAGUUUGGACUUCACAGCGAUUCGGCUCAAUUCAAUAGUAAGGUUUUAAAAAUCGUAAUUCAAGUUUAUCAUAGAUUUAAAUAACGAAUACUCAAACUAGAAAACAUGGACUUCAGCUUUAGCUUAGACUACGCGAUAUGGACUGAUUCCUGGCUGGCAUUUUCUUUUUCAUAAUUCAUUCAAAUGGAUUCAAAUAUUCCAGUUGCAAAUAAUAGAGCCGAGCAGCUGUGUCUGGUAACAUUUUCAUCACGCAUAAGCUGCGUUACAAUUUUUAUGACAGAGUAAUGAGAUCUUGAACGUAAGCAACCACAGCAGCAGCAGCAGUAAGAGGAGCAGCAGCAGUAAGUGGAGCAGCAGCAGUAAGAGGAGCAGCAGCAGCUGGCAGUGAAGCUGUGGCACUUGUUGUUGCCCAAGUGGUUGCUGUUUGGGCUUGAAUUUGCCAGGACUCUUGACGUGGCUAAGGGCCGCCACCUGUUGGUGAGAGGGGGUUCGCAGAGGGAGGCAGUUGUAGCCUCAACCGCGCAGUUUCUUAAUGCGUCUACAUGCUACAAGAGGCCACAGCCAAGCACUCGACAUUAAGAUGCCGGCAAUGUGUAAUAACUGGCGCCGGAAUAAAGGGGCCCAGGCGUGGCUGGCGACUGAGCGUUGGCUGACAGGACGCUGAGCUGGCAGCAGUCGAGAAUGUGACAGCGCUGAGCCCAUUUGACACAAGCAUAAUAUAAUAAAAACCGCAAACAAGUAGCGUCAACCGGCACUGCCCACUCCGCCGACCCUGCUGACUAUCCACUUGGCAGAAGACGCAGCGAAUCCAUUGAAGUGGAUCGGACCUCGACAUCAGCGGCGACUGCAGGCUGAGGUCCAAGCGGAUAACCGCCAAGGAUGUAAAGGGCCAUGAAAAGGCUGACUCUGAAAUGAUGUCGCCUGUCUGUUAUCCUGAAUGGGCCUGGAUCGGCCUGGACUGGGCUUAAGCUGGCCCCGGCUGGGCUGAGGCUGGCCCGUGCCAGGGGUGUGGGCGUUAGCCUUUAGGCGUGAUUAAGCCACAAGUGCGUGACAUUUUAAUGCGACAUUUAUGCCCAAGACAAGAGAUUAUUAUUGAAAACGCGCCGCUGCAGUCGCGUGACAACAACAACACCAAGAACAACAACAAAAACAACUACAACCAAAUAUAAUAACAAUGAUAAUAACAUCAGCAAGGAUAACAGGAGCAAUGGCAAAAUCAUACGUAUUUGUGGAGAAUCUGCGCCACAUGCUUUAUCCUUACUCUCCGGACAUGCCCAUUCACUUUGGGUUCAACUACAAGCUCUUCAGCAGCCAGGCAAAAAAUGCAUCGUACAUGUCUGGGGGCAGCGGCUAUGUGCUCAGCCGUGAGGCGCUGCGUUUAUUUGUGCACGGCCUGAAUGACAGCAGCAAGUGCCGGCAGGAGGACGAUCAUGCCGAGGAUGUGGAGGCGGGCGCUUGCCUCUUUCACUUGGGCGUGCCCGCGGGCGAUUCGCGCGACUCAAAGCUGCGCAAUCGCUUCUAUCCGCUGGCGCCCUACUCCCAACUUCUCUCCAAAUACAAUGGCAUGGACUUUUGGCUGUUCAAAUACGCCUAUUACAAUCCGCGAGCGUGCAUGGACUGCCUUUCUAACUAUCCGGUGGCCUUUCAUUAUGUGGCGCCUGAGGAACUCUAUGAGUACGACUAUCUGAACUAUAAGUUUGAGCUCUUUGGGCGCACUCCGGUGGUGGAGCAUCUACCGGAAAAGAUUGCACCCGACCAGCUCUCUAUACCCAUAUCCGACAAUAGGUAAUAUAAGUUGACCUUUUUUCGGUUAUCUCAGUUCCUCAAGCUAGUUCGCAAUCUUUUUUUCCCUAUUGAAUAUCUAGCACACAUUUUUAAAUUGAUUUGAAAUAAAUUAGGGCAAUUUGUGUGCUCAAUUCAAUCUUCAUAUAAACAAAUGACAAGGGUUGAGAGUUACAAUUUUGUACAUUUUUCCAAUAUAUACCAGUUGAGGUAAUAGAUGUACAGUAACAGUAGAAAUUUCAACAAUUUUAGAAUAUGGGAAAUUCCGAUUAACAGCAAGAUAACAUAGGAAUAUCGAGAGUGUUUUCAGCCUGAGCAGCCUGUUGAUAUUGUCUCUUUACCGAUUAGGACCUGAUUCAUAAUAUAUUUCUAACUGAUUAAUUUAAAGUCUCUCAAGCGAACUUCAUAAAAAUUAAAAGCUUUCAAAGCUAUCUUCUUUAAAUAUUCAAUGGCUACCAUGAAGCCCUACGGUUAGCCUGGGUCUUAAUUUACUUCUAAUAAGACUCAAAGCCAUUGCAUAAUUGCAAAAUAAACCAAACAAUUGAGAUAAGUUUUACGUAGCCUUUUGUUUCCAUUUA